CCCCUCUCUCUCUCUCUCUCUACACGCGUAGAGAGCGCUUCGUCACCAUUCUCAUCAUUCUCUUCUUCUCCCUCGUUCCGAUUUGGAAACCCUCGAGGAAACCGCGUCGAUAUCUUCGUCGGUUUCUCGCUGUUAGGAUCUCGCUGUCUCGAGCUCGGCCCCCGGUGAUCGAUCGGUCUUUCGCUUUGCUUGAAGAUGAACAACCUUCUAAAUGACUCCUUUGAACUCCACCGAGGUGAGGCUUCAAGAGAUGGAGACAUUGAAAUGGGACAACAGGUUCCAAUGAAUUCUGCUGAUCUAGGUCUAGAAGGCUUUUUCAAACAGGUUCAAGUUAUUGAGAAACAAAUUGAGAAGCUGUCUAAGCUGUCGAAGAAACUUCAGACUGCGAAUGAGGAGGCCAAUGCUGUCACCAAGGCAUCUGAUAUGAAAGGAAUCAAACAGCGCAUGCAGAAAGAUAUUGAUGAAGUGGGAAAAAUUGCACGUGUAGCAAAGGCCAAACUUCAAGAACUUGACAGAGAUAAUUUAACCAACCGACAGAAGCCAGGAUGUGGGAAGGGGUCAAGCGUAGACCGAUCCAGAAGUGCAACUACUGUAGCAUUAAAAAAGAAGUUGAAAGAGCGGAUGUCUGAAUUCCAGACUCUAAGGGAGACAAUUCAGCAAGAAUAUCGGGAGGUUGUUGAAAGAAGAGUUUUCACAGUAACUGGUAAUCGACCUGAUGAAGAGACGAUUGACCGAUUGAUAGAGACAGGAGACAGUGAACAGAUUUUUCAGAAAGCAAUUCAUGAGCAUGGACGUGGCCAGGUAAUGGACACCCUUGCAGAAAUUCAGGAACGUCAUGACACUGUCAGGGAACUAGAAAGGAAGCUUCUUGAGUUGCAGCAGAUUUUCCUUGAUAUGGCGGUGUUGGUUGAGGCUCAAGGUGACCUGCUGGAUAACAUUGAAUCUCAGGUCUCGAGCGCUGUUGAUCAUGUGCAAUCUGGGACAGUUGCACUUCAGAAGGCAAAGAAGCUACAGAAGAACUCUCGAAAGUGGAUGUGCAUAGCGAUAAUUAUCCUUCUCCUAAUUGUUGUCAUCAUUGUUGUGGCCGUGAUUAAACCGUGGAGCAAGAAUAAAUAAAACGUGCCAGAUGUGUAACGCAGAUAUAUCCGUUGUGUUGAUCUCUCUCCCUCUCUCUUUCUCAAUAUGCUUGAUUCAUGAUUUCAUGGAAGCCUGGAGAUUUGUGCUCGUGCCGUUUGUGUUCAGUAUUUUUUAUAGCAAAUUGGAUGUUAUUCAGGUAAUAAAAUGAGGCUUGCAGUGCAAUUGUCGUGCCCUAA